AUUUGCCGAUGUUACAAGAUCCUAGCGAGGUUUUGUAGGAGCCGACUUCUUGUAAAGCGUCUCUAUUUCCUAUUUCUCGGGAGUUGCGGGCUGACUGCUCCCGGCUCGGAGCCCCGCUCGGUACCGGCCAGCCCCGCGGCCAUGCCCCUGGGGGCCGGCAGCGAGGGGAGAGAGGGGAAGGCGGGCAGCGGACACAGCGAAGGGAGCGAAGGGAACAGCCCCAGCGCGGCCGGGCGGCUCCGCGCCCCUCAGCCCCGCGCCCAUGGGGGAGCGCGGCCGCUCCGCGGGCUGCGACACCCAAGGUCUAUUCUCAAACAUCUGGCUGUGGCGAGCUGUCGCUGGAGUCCUUACCGCUGCUGUCAUUUUGAUUUCAUGUAUUCAUUUUGUAAAGCCUUCUCUGGCCAAAGAGUUUCCUGUGUGCCCUUCCCUGGAUCUGUGUCCGUCAGGCUGGCUGUACUUCCAGAGGAAGUGUUACUACCUCUCAGAGAGUGAAGCUGCCUGGAACUUCAGCCAGAGCAGCUGCUCUUCCCACAAUGCUUCCCUGCUGGUCAUCGAAAAUCAUCAGGAGCUGAGCUUUAUGAUCAAGAUAACAAAGCAAGACCCAUGGAUUGGACUCUAUAAAAGAAAUGAAGAGUUCUUUUGGGUAAAUGGAAAAGCAUUAGACAAUGAACUGUUUGAAGUAAAAGACUCUGGCAGCUGUGCCUAUCUGGAUUCCAAAGGAGUCUCAGCCUCGGGAUGUUAUUUAACCAGGAAAUGGGUCUGUAGCUUGGAUAUCAACUCAGCACAAUAAAGGUGGACAAAGCCACCACCCCUGACAGAGCUCUGAUAUGAUGCCUACACGGGCUAUUUCUACACUUUGGGACCUGGGAAUGUGUCCCAGCUCCUACCUAGAGGUGAAUGACUUUUCUGGUAGCCAGAAUUCUCCACCCAUGGAGGAAGGCUUUUAAAAUACCAUUUAAAAGGCUCUCUUCAGCAUCCUGAUAUGUCAUUUCCUUGCCCUAUUUUUCCAGCUACUGCCCAGCUGUAGUUUCUUUUUGCUGUGCCAUCAGUAUUUCUUCCAUUUACUCUUCUCUUGUAGGAACAGCUGCUCUUUCUUUCCCUUUUGGGUGUGCAGUUGGAGGUUUUUGUUCUGCUUUUCCUUUUGCCAGGCUCUGUGUGCAUGGGUGUUAAAGUGUGGUCUGUCUGGAGGGCUGCCAGUGCAUCAUGGAUACAGGGCAAUGCAGAAGUGAACACUGUUGUUUUAGACAGGACCACAGGAAAUUCCUCUCUUUCCAUUUGAUGGGAUGUACCUUUCAUUGUAUUCCAUGUUUUGUUCAUGUUAUGUUACAUUAAUUUUGUUAAAUCCUGGUGAUAAUGCUGUCAAGCUGAUUUAUGUAGCUGCACUGCACCUGAAGUUAUCCUCACAACACUUUCUUUAGCCAAAAAAAGUCACAGUAGAUAAGAAUACUCAUUUACCUGAGCAUCUGCACUGAUGGGAGAGAGAAGAGCUGGAACUGGAAGAGUGAUAGUGAAGCUGCAGGCAUUAAUGUGUAAAUGUAGAAAUAGUCCUCAGUGCAAGGAGGCAAAGUCAGCAGGAGGGAAUGAGAGAAUUAGCAGCAAGGGAUGUUUUUCUGUGUUUUCCUCAUGCUCUGUGCCUGUCAUGGUGUGAGGCUUCUCAGCAAGAGGACAUUUCCAGAUGGACAGUCAGUGUUUGCUUGUGUAGGUGACAUUUUCAGCAGCAGCUCCAGUGCUCUUGGAUUGCUGGGACCCUGAACAGAAUUAGGGCACAGUCCCUCUGAUUGUCCGAGUCCCACAUGUCUAGCAGGUUGUCCAAAGAUUUAAAGUGUCAUUUGACCCAGAGGAAGCAAAUUUGUCUGGAAGGAAUAUAACUAUCAAGCUUCUAGAGAAGGAAGAAUGGGAAGUUCACUUUCAUUAUUUUCUGUGACAGAAGAACUUGACUGUAGCAGGACCAUACAGAUGGAUGCUGUCAGCAACUUGUGCCUUUCGGAUGUUUAUUUGAAUAUAAUCACUAAUUUUGCUGGA